UGUUUGAUCCUGACUUCUCUGAUCCUUCCCUUCUUCCAGUGUCCUCCUCUUAUCUCCUGAUAAGACAUAUCAUGGUGAGUCACUCUGCAAAUGCUCAGUUUUUUUUCUUGGGAGAGUACUGUGAUCAGCACAGGGCCAAUCAGCACUGUCCAGACAGAGGUCAGGGGUUCUGCAUCCUCCUAGAGAAAAUGAAAACUCCUCCUACAAGCUUUAACCCGUGCUUGGCUGGACACUGGUAGAAGUCACAAGACUGCUUUAAAUGAUGGCUUUAAAUGAUGAUGAGAGAAAUGUAUUUAGCAGUUUAUAUUUACUAA